UCAGUGUCUUACAGCAGACAGUCGGCAAAGAUACCAUUAUCUUUCAAAUGCUACCAAAGAAAGAAUUGAAUAAUUGUUGCAUGGAUGUUAAUCAAGGGAUUUCAGAAACAAGGUCCAUAGUAGGGAAAAGGAAUGAAAAAGCAACAAUGUAUUCAAUGGAAAACAAAGACAGAAGCCAAGGUGUGUUGUAUUCCGUUGAUGACGCUGUGAGCAAAGCAGGCUAUGGGAAGUUUCAAAUCAAAUUAACAAUCUUGGCUGGAUUAGGAUGGCUGGCUGAUGCAUUUGAAAUAUUCAUUUUGUCCAUUAUUGGAGAUCUUAUGGCUUGUGAAUGGAAUCUCUACAGGUGGCACAUAGCUCUACUAACAUCAGUUGUUUUUACUGGCAUAAUGUUGGGAAGUCCAGUUUUAGGAAUUAUUGCCGAUAUUUAUGGAAGAAAGAAAUGCCUCGGUUUGUCGUCCAUCAUGAUUUUUAUUCUCGGGGUGUCUAGUGCAGCUUCUCCUUCCUACACUUGGAUGGUUGUACUCAGAGCUUUAGUAGGAUUCGCUCUAGGUGGUGUUGGACAGGGACUAACUUUAUACAGUGAAUACUGCCCUGCAAAUGUUCGGGGGAGAGUGGCUUUUUUCUUGUGUUAUUUCUGGUCUGUUGGUACUGUGGGUGUUAUUCUGCUGGCAUGGGUAGUUAUGGAAUAUCUGGAUAACUGGAGAAUACUACUAGGAUGUGCUGCUAUACCAUCUUUGAUUGUUAUCAUUGCAAUUAAAUGGUAUCCAGAAAGUGCCAGAUACUUCUUAGUGAGUAACAAACCUGAGGAAGCAGACAAAAUCUUAAAGAAAAUGGCGGACAUGAACAAUGUAUCUCUUCCCGAUGGACAGCUGGCUUACUUUUGUUAUGGUAAAAGUAGAGGACGCAUUGGGGACCUUUUCAGAAAAGAAUACAAGAGAACAACCUUAUUUUUCUGCUAUAUUUGGUUUGCCGUUGGAUUUGCGUACUUUGGAGUCGCCCUUUUAAGCCCUAUUCUUAUUCAAAAAGGAAGUUUCAUGAAAAUUUCCGAAAGUAACAGUACUCAUACAACUUAUUAUGAAGAUAUGAUGACUGCAGUACCAUGCUCAAAAUAUACUAGACAGAACUACAUAGAUUUGCUAUGGACAAGCUCAGCGGAACUUCCAGGUCUUGUUGUCUAUACUUUUCUGGUUGAAUGUUUGAGUAGAAAGACAUUAUUGAGUGGCUCAUGCAUUAUUAGCAGUAUAUUGAUGCUGCUGCUUCUUUUGAAAACUCAGAAAACUCUGAUUUUAAUUAUCCUCUUUGGAGUUAGAGCAAUAUUAGUAUCGAUUUUUCAACUAAAUUACAUCAUGACAAGUGAGGCUUUUCCAACUACAGUUCGUGCUUUGGCCAUUGGUACAGGAACGGCAUUCUGUAGACUUGGAGGCUUAAUUGUUCCUUUUAUAGCACAAGUUCUGAUCGUUGAAAGUCCAAUAAUUGCAAUGUGUUUAAUGGCAGGUAUUCUAUUUAUAUCUGGAAUAGCUGCAGCUUUCCUACCCUUUGAAACGAGAAAUUCACAAAUGAAAGAAUCUCACGAAGAGAGUUGAUGGAGAAGAGGACCUUUUCUUCUGCAUGUGACAUAUUCAUAACCAGUAUUCUUCAUUAAUUCUGUAUUUAUUGAAAAUUCGCUUCAUUAUUGUACUCAAGUUAAUCAUCUUUUUUAAUAAACACAUUUUUGAAUUGUUAAA